AUGAAUGUAAAGGAGUACUUGACCAGUUUGAUCACGAACCACGUCAGGUCGUUGUCUCGCGGUCAACUAUACGACGACGAAAAACCGCGAAAGACAGUGUCCCAUGGUCACCUGCCGGUUCUGGACUUGUCGCGAGGUGGAACGCAAAGAAGCGGCGACAGUACACCUGUGGGAGAGAAAUCGUUCACCAAUGGAGCGUUCAUCAAUAGCCCGACUGCUAGCCGCAUUUUGGAUUCACAAAUUUUAUUUGCAGAGGAUGAUCUUAUCGCACCCUCGGACAAGCAGAAAGACGUUAAGAAAUCGUCGUCAACGACGAAUCUGAAGUCUCCUCAUGACUUCCAGCAUCACAUUCUUGAUGAUGUACUUGAAGAGACCGAGGAGGACAUGGCGCAAAGGACAGUUAGAAAGAAGAGUACUAUCGAGCAGUAUGAGGAGCGAAGGACCUCUCAACCACCAGAACAGGAAGAAAAAAAAGAAGAAACUGGCCAAGUUGUUAUUCCAAUCAGCGAAGAGCCAGAAGAAACGACGAAAAGCGGUGAAUUUUUCAUUGGACAAGAGGAAAAUCGCUAA